CUCUCUUCACUCUUGAUGCUGUUUCUUCUACACAGUGAUCGUUUCUUCUACUUUUUCUCGCUUUCUCACUUGAUACUUUCUUUUUCAACCAUUUCUAUCUCAUUUCAUUCAACACCAACCUAACCCUUUUUAUCUUCAUUACCUUCCUCAUCAUUUUCACCAACACUAAAAUAGUAAAACCCAUUUCCCGCCAAACCCUCUUUUUCUUCUUCUUCAAAAGUUUCAAUCAUUUUGGGUUAUCAUGGAACAUCAUCCCGAAACCGACCCUGGAGUCGGUUCAAGUGACAACAUGAACUUGGAAGACAUGACCAUUCAGGAUCUGGUUUCUGUCUUGCGUACUGCAUUUCUGACCGAAGACUUCGAUAGUGUUGAAGAGGUUUUAGUCAAUAGAGAUAAGAAACUGCAAACAGAUAUUCUACGUCUUCAAGAGAUGGUUGAUUUGGAGAAGUUAACGAGGUUACAAGCUGAGGAAGAUUUGAGGAAUAGAGAACAACUAUGUGAAAAAGGGAAAAGAGCACAAAAUAACUAUGAAAAAUUGUUGAAACAAGUCAAGAAAAACACUAAUUUAGCUGACAGAGACAAUAAUCAAGAGCUAAGAGAAAAGAAGAAUGAAUUGGAGCUGGAAGUUUGUGAGCUGAGAAAGUUGAAGGAAAAAUGGGUAGAUGAUAGGAGUGCUCUUGCUCAGCUUAGAGUCAGAGUUGAUGUUUUGGAAAAUGACAAUAAUGCACUUAGGUUGAAAAAUAGUGAGUUGGAGAAUGAUAAAAUUGCCUUUGGGUUGAAAAAUAGUGAGUUGGAGAAAUCCAUGGAGAAGAAUAUUGAGGCUCUUUCUGAUGAUGUGAUUGCUGAUUCUGAAGAUAGUGAUGAAGAGAGUGACGGGGACUACGAGCCACCCAGCAAAAGGAGUAAGAAUGCUCAAGGUGCAUCAUCAACAGGUGUGAAGAAUAUCAAUGUUGUUGUCCCUCCAACAAAUGUGCAGAAACAAAUUGUAACACAAAACAAACCAAAGAGAAAAAUUUCUGCCACCAAUGCCACAUCUAACUCCUUUGAUAGCUUCCGCUUCAUUUCAUUGGUCCAUCAAGAGCGAUACUCUAAGUUUCUGACCAACAAAGAGUUUUGGUUAGAAAAAAAUUUCCAGUUGGAAUGGGACAAAUUCUCGGAUAUUCAAGGAAUGACAGUAUCCAGAGGAUGGGUGAAAUUGACAUCGUUUGCAAAUGAGGCUAGUAAAACAUUAGCUAAAGAGUUCCUUGCAAAUGCGUAUCAGGAUCCUGCAAAAGAAAAUGGUAAUAAUGAGAAUGAUCUGAUUCAAUACACUAGUUUUGUCAGAGGGAAGAAGGUUCCGUUUGAUGGUAAAACUAUCAAUCAAUUGCUUGGGCUUCAGAACUAUGAGCAUUGUUCUUUUGAAGCAAGAGUGGCCAAGGGCUCUACGAUUUAUGGUGAGGAGGCUUCUAGUACCCUGUAUAUGCCCGUGAUCAAUUGGGUUAGGAACGAAGAUGGAACACUUAGAUAUAUCUUAUCUUCUAACCUCACACCCAUUGCUUUUGCAUGGAUACAAUUUAUUUAUAAUACCUUGAUUCCAUGUUCAAAUGUGUCCGUCUUGAGAGGUAACAAACUAGCCUUGCUACUUGCAAUCAUUCGCGGUGAACCAGUCAAUGUUGGCCGUCUCCUAGCAAAUCACCUUAGGUUCACAGCAAACAGUUCUUCUCCCACAAGCUACAUCAACCAUGCAUCAUUGAUCAGCAAGCUCUGCGAAAGGGUGGGGGUGUACCCUAACAAGAAUGAAGAAAUGGUGAAACCAUUAUGGCCAAUCACCGCGAAAUGUAUAGAAAAGUAUUCCAUAUCUGUUGAUCCGCACAGGCAGUGCUAAGUUGGUUACAAUAUUCAAGCUCCAUAUCCGACUCCGACUCUAGGACCGACUAAUCCGUGGGGACAAAUCCCACCAUCCAUUAGCGGGUGGCCCAAUCCGACUCCAGGACCAACUAAUUCGUGGGGACAAAUUCCACCGCCCAUUAGCGGAUGGCCCAAUCCGACAGGACCGACUAAUCCGUGGGGACAAAUCCCACCGUCCAUUAGCGGGUGGCCUAGUCCGACUCCAGGACCGACUAAUCCACAGGGGCAAAUCCCACUGUCUAAUAGCGGGUGGCCCAAUCCGACUCCAGGACCGACUAAUCUGCGGGGACAAAUCCCACCGUCUAAUAGCGGGUGGCCCAAUUAAAGACAUAGCAAAGAUUUGUAUGGACCGACCAGUGAGAUUUGAGAUCUCAAGCACCAACCGGCCUAUUUCAGGAGCUUGACAUCUUUACAAUUGCUACCUAGUUUGAUUAGUUUAAAUUUAUUUACUUUUGCAAUGUAAUCCUGUAACGAAUGAGGUACUUCCUCUACAAAUACCUUUGAACCUAUAUAUUAGAAUGUCCUUUGGCUAAUCAUCAAUUUGCUGUUAAUUUUAA